AUGCCGCCCAAACCGAACGCCCUGGCGUCGCGGAUCAAGCGGUUGAUGCAAAAAGACGAUGAGGUGGGGAAGAUCGCGGGCGCGGCGCCGAUCGUCCUGGCCAAGGCGCUCGAACUCUUCGUGAAGCAGUUGACGACGACGACGGCGGACGUGGCGGCUUUACACGGGGCGAAGAUCGUCAACGCGAGUCAUCUGAAGGGAGCGGUGGAGACGGUGCCGCAGCAGUUUGAUUUCUUGAGUGAUUUGGUGGAGGACGCGGCGGAUCUGCCGCCGCCGCCGGAUCUGAAUGAGUUGGAGCGCGAGUUGAAGGAGAAGGCGGAGGCGCCGGCGGGGGGGAAGAGGGGUGGGAAGAGAGCGAGGAGUGGGAAGAAUGCGAACACGAGCGGAGAUCUCGGAGAUCUCGGGGAUCUGGGCGGAACGACGACCGAGGCGAGAUCGCGGGCGAAGCCGAAGCCAAAGGCGCCGCGUCGACGCGCGAAGAAAAAGGUUGAAGAUGAUUUUAUCGAUGACGAGGAGGAGGAGGAUUUCGGAGGAGAUGCGAGCGAGACGGAGGACGAGUUCGAUCCGGAUGAGGUGGUGGAACCGCGAGCGCGAUCGACGAGAUCGAGAAGAGGCGUCGCUCGGAAGACGUAUCGGGACGAUUUGGACGAGGAUUUUGAGGACGACGACGUAGAUGCGGCGCCCUCGAAGCGUCGCGCGAAGAGGGAAGAAGACAUCGCGGUCGAAGAAGUGAAGGAAGAAGUCGAGGCAGCGAAUGGUGGGGAUUUGGGUGGAUUCAGCUCGCUCGCAGACGACAUGUUUGCCGCGGGUUCGCUCACUGCAGACGUGGGUGCGGACGAAGAUGAUUACGAUUGA